GCGCCUCAUCCUAGCUCCCUGACUACUUCUCUACCCCCAGCCAUGGCCGCCACCUCCAUCCACAGCAGAAACCCUGGCAUGGCGGCGCUUGCAGCAGCAGCUCUCCGCCUCCUGGCGGCCGUCGCCGUCGUGGCCCCGGCGCUGCUCGCGGGACCGGCAGCGGCCGGGGCACCGCCCUUCUCGUGCGGGCCCUCGUCGCCGUCGCAUGCGCUCCCGUUCUGCAACGCGAAGCUCCCCGCGGCGCAGCGCGCGGCGGACCUGGUGUCGCGGAUGACGCCCGCGGAGAAGGUGUCCCAGCUCGGCGACAUCUCGCCGGGGGUGCCGCGGCUGGGCGUCCCGGGGUACAAGUGGUGGAACGAGGCGCUGCACGGGGUGGCCAUCUCCGGCAAGGGCAUCCACCUCGACCAGGGCGCCGUCCGGUCCGCCACAAGCUUCCCGCAGGUGCUGCUCACCGCCGCCGCCUUCAACGACAACCUCUGGUUCCGCAUCGGCCAGGCCACCGGCAAGGAGGCACGGGCGCUGUACAACAUCGGCCAGGCGGAGGGUCUCUCCAUGUGGUCCCCGAACGUGAACAUCUUCCGGGACCCGCGCUGGGGCCGCGGUCAGGAGACCCCCGGCGAGGACCCCGCCGUGGCCAGCCGCUACGCCGCCGCCUUCGUCCGGGGCAUCCAGGGCAGCGCCAGCAACACGCGGUCGGCGCCGCCGGCGGUGCUGCUGACCUCGGCGUGCUGCAAGCACGCCACGGCCUACGACCUCGAGGACUGGAAGGGCGUGUCUCGGUACAGCUUCAAGGCGACGGUGACGGCGCAGGACCUGGCCGACACCUUCGACCCGCCGUUCCGGAGCUGCGUCGUCGAGGGCCGGGCCAACUGCCUCAUGUGCGCCUACACCUCCGUCAACGGCGUGCCAAACUGUGCCAACGCCGACCUGCUCACCAAGACCUUCAGGAACAGCUGGGGCCUCGACGGGUACGUCGCCGCCGACUGCGAUGCGGUCGCCAUCAUGCGCAACUCGCAAUUCUACCGCCCCACGGCGGAGGACACCGUCGCUGCCACGCUCAAGGCCGGGUUGGACAUUGACUGCGGCCCCUACAUCCAGCAGUACGCCACGGGGGCGAUCCAGAAGGGGAAGCUGACGCAGCAGGACGUGGACAAGGCCCUCAAGAACCUCUUCACCACCCGCAUGCGGCUGGGCCACUUCGACGGCGACCCCAAGGCCGGCGUGUACGGUAACCUCGGCGCCGCGCAAAUCUGCACGCCGGAGCACAAGAACCUGGCGCUCGAGGCGGCGCUAGACGGCAUCGUCCUGCUCAAGAACGGCGCGGGCGUGCUCCCGCUAAUGCGCGGUGCGGUAGCCUCGGCCGCCGUCAUCGGCCACAACGCCAACGACUUCCUCGCCCUCCUCGGCAACUACUGGGGUCCGCCGUGCGCGCCCACGACGCCCCUCCAGGGGAUCCAGGGCUUCGUCAAGAACGUCAAGUUCCUGGCCGGAUGCAACUCGGCGGCCUGCAACGCCGCCGCGACGCCCCAGGCGGCCGCGCUGGCGAGCUCGUCGGACGAGGUCAUCCUCUUCAUGGGGCUGAGCCAGCAGCAGGAGAGCGAAGGCAAGGACAGGACGAGCCUGCUGCUGCCGGGGAACCAACAGAGCCUCAUCACCGCCGUCGCCAAUGCGGCGAAGCGGCCGGUGAUCCUGGUGCUCCUCACCGGCGGCCCCGUGGACAUCACGUUCGCGCAGUCGAACCCCAAGAUCGGCGCCAUCCUCUGGGCCGGCUACCCCGGCCAGGCCGGCGGCCUUGCCAUCGCCAAAGUCCUCUUCGGCGAGAAGAACCCCAGCGGGAAGCUGCCGGUGACGUGGUACCCGGAGGAGUUCACGAAGAUCCCGAUGACGGACAUGAGGAUGCGCGCCGCCGGCGGCUACCCCGGCCGGACCUACCGCUUCUACAAUGGCAAGACCGUCUACAAGUUCGGCCACGGCCUCAGCUACUCCAAAUUCUCCCACCGGCUGGUCACCGGCCGCAAGAACCCAACGCACAACACCAGCCUGCUCGCCGCCGGCCGUACAGCGACGACCGAAGACAACAGGGGCUACCACGUCGACCACAUCCGCGACGAGGUUUGUGAGCAGCUCAAGUUCCCGGCCGUGGUCAAGGUGACGAACCACGGGCCCAUGGAUGGGAAGCACACGGCGCUCAUGUUCCUCCGGUGGCCGAACGUGACCAACGGCCGGCCGGCGAGGCAGCUGGUCGGGUUCCAGAGCCAGCACAUCAAGGCAGGGGAGAAGGCGCACCUGAGGUUUGAGGUGAGCCCGUGCGAACAUUUCAGCAGGGUGAGAAGGGACGGUAGGAAGGUGAUCGACAAAGGGUCGCAUUUCCUCGAGGUUGGCAAGCAUGAGGUGGAGAUUAGUUUCGGGGCAUAACUAUUUGAAUUCUUUUAUGGCGGGAAAUAAGGAUAGGUCAAUACAGUGUAGUUACUAUUUCCUAGUGUGAUUUUCCACUUCAAUUUGUUGUUGAAUGCCACAGAAAAUAGGAUACAACGGUCCAAGAAACAAUAUAUGUUUUCAGGUCUGUCUUCCUACA